AACCUCGCUCCGAGCCUAACCUAGACGGGCGUGUUUUAACUAAAUCUAAAUUAAAAAAACAUCACCUCCGCACCGUCGUCUUCCUGCUCUACCUUCCUCUUGCCCUUCCGCUCCUGUUGGCCGCCUAAUCUAGGUCUUAUUCCCUCCACUGAGGUCUCUACUUCCUGGCCGCUCUGCACCGUCUGUCGUGGUGCGUUCUGCUUAUAAAACUCUGGUGCGGUUCCGUGGGGCGUUUUCUUCGCGUUGGGUUUCGAUACGUCAAGGCGGGGGCGGCGCUGUAGGUCCCUCCUAGGUUCUGUGUCUGUGCUUCAAUUUGAAAGUUGCGUCGGGUUUUGGGUGUUGAAGAUUGUAGAUUGAUCCCCGGAGAACGAGAAGACUACAGCGUCUUUCAAAUUCGGGGUUCAAGACACGUAUCCAUUCCAAUCCUUUUCAUCAGUUGUAUAUGAAUCCAUGUUAAAGCAUGAUUGUUAGAGCAAGUUCAUCGGUUCUGCCUAAAUUUGUUGGAGAUACUGCUGAAAUUUAACAUCAGAGAGGGAUUUCUGAUGCUAAACUAUGUCCCUAAUGGUGUGCUAUAUUUUGUUCCAAAUGUAACUUAUUCUCCAGGUUUUAGUUGAAUUGCAAUAUUUGCUCCAAACAAGCUUCCGCUCAAUCCUCGUCGCCGCCUACUCCGGAGUGUGCCUCACCUGCCGAUAGCCUCCGAACUCCUGUUUAGAUCUAUGUGCUUUGUAAUUCGGAAUAUUUCGGCAAUACUCAAGGACUAUGUGGUCACAUUCCACCUGGAAAUGGACAGAGUCAAAGAUCAACAACAAAGGCAAUUGUUUAAACAAUCAACAUGGCCCGAGUUUGAAGGGUACUUCAUCCUCUUCCCGCACCAACUCAGUUCAGAGGCUGGGGAGUUACCAGGCGAACUAAGUUCAAUUCUUCAUGUUAUCGGUCAGAUUUUCCCCUCACAUCAGAAAGUUUGGGUUAGAUCAAAGUCUUUGUUGGAUAGCGGCCGAGGAAGCUUUACUCUUUCAAGCAGGAUUUCUGGUGGUCGAAGGAGUAGAAAAAAUGGCUCAGAGUCAUCGGGGACUUUGGGUGGACAACAUUGGAAGAAGAGGCAUCAUAAAGUUACCUCCCAGAGACAAUUUAAUCUCAAGACAGAGGUCGGGCGACAUGACAAGCUCGAUAUGCAACUCAUCCCAUUGAAGCUACUUGUGCCGCACGAGAGAAAGGAAUUUGCAACGAAUCUGCUUAAGAACAUGAAUCCUAAGGACACUCAGUGACAGAAAACUGAGGGGAUAAUGGGAGAGCUAGCUGUCUAUGUUCUUUUGUGAAUCACAUAAACCGGCUUUAGUCUAGAAUUGUUUCAAAUAAAAAUCACAUGUCAGUGAUAAAUGGAUGUAGAGUCUGGGGUUUGUAAAGUAUAUUACUUUGUGGGUUGGAGGGUAUUAAACUGAGUUUUUAUUUAAUUAUUUGUAUCAUAGAUAUACAUUAAAAUUUCAUUUAGCUUUUUAUUUUUUACAAAUUCCUGUUCAAAUUGAAAGUUUCAACCAUUUUUCUGACUUCUCUUUUUGAGUAAUAUAUAUUA